AUGACAGAAAAAUCAAGUUAAAAGUUCUCAAAAUUCGCAGGGAAUCGAUUAAGGAUGGUUUAUAAAGCUAUCCCUCAUGUUUCAAGUAUGGAGAAGUAAGUAUAAAUUGAGAACUAAAGAACAGGGUAUAAUCCAAGCAAAUAAAAUGAAGAUCUAUUUAAUGUAAUUCAGAUCAAAUAAGUUAUAGAAUUAUUAAAUACUAUUGCAGUAAAUUGAAGAUUUAUUAGAAAAAAAUUUUGAAAAAUAUAAAAACUCUAUUAUCUCGAAUGCAGAUAAAUUGCUAAAUGGAUAUGAGAAAUUGAAAUGGUUAAUGAACAUAGCAUUUGAAAAACAAUAAUUAGAACUCUCAAAAUGGUUUAAUCAAGAAAGGAAUAAAGAAUAAUAAAAUAAUUAAAAAUUGGAAAAUCAGUAGAAAAAAAAUUUACAAGAUAUAAGUAAGAAACAUGAAGAAGAGAUUGCUUCUAAAUUGGAAGAAAUAAGGAUAUUGAACCAAACUAUUAGAGAAUAAGCCUAAAAGUAGUAGGAAAUUAUUCAAUAAAAGGAGAAUAGAAUAAACAGGAUGGAGGAUGAGAUAGGAUGUCUAAAAGCAAAUCAGGAAGCUCUGCAAUAAUAAAUCUUAAAAAAGGAUAAUAUUUUUUAGGAAGUAAUAAAAGAGGCAAAAAAUAAGAGUUUUGAGGUUUUAGAAAAAUUAAAUCUAUAAAAUGAAUUGCCAAACAUCAAAAUUUAAGAUGAGAAAUUAAAACCAAUCUUAUAACAGGAAGAAGAGAUACGACUACAAAUUAAAAUUUUAAGUGGAAUGGUUGAUGAAGUGUUAAUAAUGAAAUUAUAGAAUUCUCAGGAUGAGCAAAAUUAAGAAAAAAUAGAAUAAAUAGAGAAAAGAUUUUUGAAUUUAAAACAGUAGAUUACAGCUGUCAUUAAAUUUUCAGAAUCAUGUAUUUAUAAAUAAAAGUAAAUAUGGGGUUCAGCAAAAUAAUUUGACUCAUUAAAUUAAUAAGUCAAACCUAUAUUAUAAUUCAUGAAUAUUUUUUCUAAAUUGUUUGAAAAAAUGUAUUAAACAUUCUAGCAAAUACUAGAGAGGAUGGGUUAAUAUUUAAAAGAAAGCAAAGGUAAUUAAAUAUAAAAGUAUAAUGGAAGCCUAAGUACUAAUCUUUCUUCAUUUAUUUAACAUAUAUACCCUCAGAAAGAAACUUAAAGAUUUUACGCAGCAAUAGAGACACAAUCAAAUGAUACAAGUAACUUUUCAUAGAAUUUCUAGUUUCGAGGAAAGAAAGCCAAUCGUAGACAGAAUUUGAUGACUCUUAGAGUUUGGAUGAAAACUAAUAAAUUACUCCUCAGCAAAGUUCAAGUCCCAAGAAGAAGAAUGGAAAAAAACCAUGUUAAAAACAAACACAAAAAUCAAAUUUUAGUAAAAAAGGACGUAUGUGA